UAAUGAGUUCUGAAAAAGAUUUCUAAUAUGAUAUUCAUGAUGUCCAAAAUAUUAAGACAGCUUUCUUAGAUUUAUAAUAAGAGGAGAGUACAGGAUUCAAAUUAGGAUUUGGAACAGCAAUUUUAUCAUAUUUUGUUUUUAGAAGAUUCACAUACUUAAGAACAGGACCUAGGUAUUUAGUAGAUUUAAUAAAACAGAUUCAUAGGAUCAAUGAUAUUUGGUUCAUAAAUAUAUGGAUUUUACACACAUAGAUCAAGAGCAUAUUAUGAUUAUGUUGCUUAAUAAGUAAAUUUACAUGCAUCAGAAGCAAUUAAUCAAUGUUUAGGACAUUGAU